ACUUGAAGAAACCUACGUUUUUAAGGAUUAGAGCAUCCGUUAAUUAAAACGAUGGGAUCUGAGCAAAGCUCUCAGAACAGCGGUAUACCAGGAUCAGAGAGCAGCAGAGCACGGGCGGUUCAAUUGCGGCGCGGAAAAAGCGUUCCGAACAGAGAUGGAAUCGCUGAAGACACACCACCACGAUGUACAAGUCCCGGACCAAGCAUUUGCUCCGAUUCAGAUUUACCUUACAUAUCGUACACGGUGAACAGGCCGAUAGGCGAUUCACCAAAGAUGACAAAUAAACAGACGCAAUUGCAGCGAGGAAAGAGCCUCGGAACGCAGGAAUUGUCCAAGCGAAAACCGAGCCUGGGUGCCAUUGGGCACAGAAAAACUCUCUCGGACAAAGCACACAACAUCGUAGUCGUCAAGCCGGCUAUUUCUGAGCCGACUGCAGACAUGGAUGCUGAUCUAGUGAAGUUGCACAGCAUACCGAUGUUUCUACCCAUUAUGAGAGGAACUUUGAAUUUGCCACCCGGUGUCAGAGACCCUGAAGUCUUGGAACGACUGGAUCCCAUCGGCUUGUUCAAUCUUUGCGCCCGAUAUCAACACCACUUGAAUACAAAUGCACAAAUGAUUGCGACUGAGCAGUCCGCACUUUGCACCAACAUCGAUGCUGAAGUUACAAGGAUAUUGAGCACGGCUGUAGACAGGCAAAAGAGAUUCUCAAAGUUUGCUGAACAGCUGAAUAAGGUUCAUGAUCUCAGCAGACAACUGAACAAGUGCCACAUGCAGCUCAAUCAAACUUUAGAAAGCCUUGAAACACUCAAUAAUUUGCUACCCGUUGAUAAUCGACUUGAACCAUUCGUUUGGACAACUGGAUGAGCAUUUAUCACCCUUUCAUAAGAUGUACCUUUUCAUAGCUAUUUGCUGUUGGCAUUUGAUUCUGUAUCGACAAGUGAUCAGCCGUUUCUUGGCAAUUAUUUUAUGCAUUGUAUAAAAGGGAUAUUCAAUUCUAGAGUAAAAUUAUUACUUGCAGUACAGAAGAAAUUCGAUUGCCGAACAAUUGUAAGGUUGAAUGGUCUAAAGCACAUGAAUUUUCAGAAAUCGUGCUGAUAUUUAUACUUGUCAAAUAUUUUGAUUGUUUAGACAUUUCAAUAAUCUAAACAUUUGAUAUUUCACAAGAUAAAAGGCUCUUAUUACUUUUUGUGUUGUUUACAGUACUGUUAUUUUAUUUUAGAUUAAUUGAAAUCGUUUGCUUCAUCUUCAUCAUCGUUAGUGACAAGCAAAAACAAUCAACAGUCAUUUAAAUCGGUGUUAUACUGUUGUAAAUGCUAGUCAUUCAGUUUCCAAGUUGUCAAGAAUAAUUUUAGCCGAAUUUAACCUCCCAGUUUUCCCAACUACUUCUCUGCCGAAGUACAAUAC